GGUCAUUACUGGGAUGUUGUGGCUAGAACUCAGCUGAGUCAAGGCUUACCUUCUCUUGAUCAAAACCUCCUUUGAGUCUGUCUCAUGAACAUGUCUUUAUUCUUAGGUGAAAAACAAGAAAUUAGUUGAGCUGCUGAGGAGAAAAGUCAGUCUUGCCCAGCCAUACGCAGGCGUCUUUCUCAAGAAGGAUGACAACAAUGAAUCAGAUGUUGUGGAGAACCUAAAUGAGAUAUACCAGACAGGGACUUUCGUCCAAAUCCACGAGAUGCAGGAUCUUGGUGACAGGCUGCGUAUGAUCGUCAUGGGGCACCGAAGGAUCCGUAUCAACAAACAGCUGGAGGUGGAGGCUGAAGAGGCCGAGACCAAGCCCAAGAGCCGACGGAAGCCAAAGCGUUCCAGGCGGGAGGCAGGGGAGCAGCUGGAGAUACAAGACCAAGCUCCAGGAGAAGUGGUGCUGGAGCCCUCGGAGGGCCCUUUGGAUGAGGUGCUCAUGGUGGAAGUUGACAACGUGGUCCAUGAGGACUUCCAGGUCAACGAAGAGGUCAAGGUAAGCAAGGCGACCCAGAAGAGCUGGGGGACAGCAGGUGGUGGGGAUAAUGAAGACCCCUUCAUUAUCCAGAAUUUGGAGACAUGGGCCUGGAUGUUGGGGAAGUCCUUGGCAGG